CGAGGACAAAUGGGGGUGGAAAGGUGUAUUUCUCUUGACCACACACUGGCCUGCAGACGCUGGCUGACUAACGACCAGAACGGACGUCAACAGGAUUCCCCUCGCAAGAUGGCCAAUGAAGCAAAGCCAUGCCCGUGUGAUAUUGGUGACAGGCUUGAGUAUGAGGGACUUGGCCAGGAGGUGCAAAUUGAGCACAUUAAGGCCUACACUGUAAAGCCACCUGCCGCCACUGACAAAGCCAUCAUUGUGAUACAGGACAUCUUUGGGUGGCAGCUGCCCAAUACGAGAUAUAUGGCUGAUAUGCUGGCUGCUGAUGGAUACAUUGCUGUUUGUCCUGAUUUCUAUGUCGGGAAGGAGCCGUGGUCUCCGACUCAUGACUGGUCCAAAUUUCAGGAGUGGCUUGAAGACAAAAAGCCCACCAACAUAAACAAAGAGAUGGAUGCAGUGCUGAGGUUCCUGCAGCAGCAGUGUGGGGCCAAACACAUUGGGGUGGUAGGCUUCUGUUGGGGAGGAGUUGCCACACACUACCUAACUCUAAAUUAUCCGGAGAUCAAAGCAGGGGUAUCAGUCUACGGUGUCAUCAAGGAGAUGGAGGACAGGUACGAGCUGAAGAGUCCAACGCUGUUCAUCUUUGGAGAAAAGGAUGAUGUCAUCCCUUUGGACCAGGUCAGGGUUCUUGAGGCCAAACUGAAGGAGAAAUGCAAAGUAGACUACCAGGUGAAGAUCUUCCCUGGUCAGACUCAUGGCUUUGUCCACCGCAAGAGAGAGGACAUCAACCCUGCAGAUGAACCCAGCAUCAAGGAGGCCAGAGCUGACAUGCUUGACUGGCUUGUCAAAUACAUGUAGAUGACUGGAACCUGGAGUGCACAGAAUUCUACACUAUUGAAAGUGUUCAGCGGUACUGCCAGGUACAUCAAUCACCCUUUAAAAAUACCUUCUGAAAAACAUGUCAGACGGCCGAAGCCUGGGAUCACAAGGGUAGGGUUAAAGUUCAAAUGUGAAGGCGGUCAGGUGAAAUGACGUGGCUGUCAUUCAGAUUAUUGGCGAGUUUCUCAUCUCUUCUUGCAUAGGUCAAUGGAUACAGAGAAAUAAGUAGUUUUAAAAAGUGCUAUGUAUAAGUCUACUUUAAUCCUGCGCUGACAUUCAGUAAUGUGAAUAGCAAAUCAAAGCAAUCAAGACCAAUAAGGUAGACGACACAGAGCACAUAUGCUGUGUGAGCUGCCAUUUUGAAAAUCUUCAGUAGAUAUCGUCUGCUAUGAGCCGCGACAGUUUGCUGAGAACUGCUAGUGUGAGCCAAGUGUUUAGUGGUACAAAGAGUCAAACAACAAAAACAUUCAGCCGGCCCACAUCCUGUUUUUGAAUACGGAAAUCUGGGGAAUGGGUAGGGGGCAUAAACUGUCAACGUGGUUUCAGUCGGUACCACUCGGCAACCCCCUGCUGAUAUUUAGAUCGUGACAUGUUUCAGGGAGGCCAAAAAAAAAAAAAUCAGACAUAGGACCUUUAACAGAAAUGGAGUCU